GAAUUCGAGAAGGAAAACUCGGGACUGACUGCUGCUCGACUUCUGUCUUGUUUAUCUUACCUCUCUUUUUAUCAACUCAUUCAGAUAUAAGCAAAUAUGGGUGCUCCGGAACCGCAUGGAUAUAUGGGAUGGUGGGGACACAUGGGUGGCCCUAAGCAAAGAGGAAUCGUCACCUACGCCGUCUCCUCGUACGCCCAGAAGCCCUUCGCCGGCGCUCUCUACAACGCCUUCUUCAACACCUUCCGCCGUGUUUCCUCGCAGGCUCUCUACGUCGUUCUUCCCGUCUCUGGCCUCGUCUACGUCGUCAACAAGGCUCAGGCUAGAAACGAGUUCCUUUACAGCAAGGCCGGCCGCGAGGAGUUGGAGGCUAUGAUGUAAAUAGCUCAAACACUGUCUAUCAAUCUAUAGCGAAUAGUGUUUAGUUGUAUACUCAUAUCAAUUAUCAAUUACAGUCAUCUAUUUGAUCAUAUCAUAUCCUCAUGCUUAUAUACGUGAUUAUAUU